CGUAUUUACACUUUCAUGACUUCGCUGUUCUGAUCGAUCUCUUUUUCUCGAAGAUGUCACACAUGCAACUGAAGGUGGUCAUAGUUGGAGAUGGUGCAGUGGGUAAAACAUGUUUUCUUAUACAAUGGAGGACCAAUUCAUUCCCCAGUGAAUACAUCCCCACUUUGUUUGAAAGCUAUUAUUCUCUAAUUAUGGUCGACGGAAAACCAGUCACAGUGGUGCCAUUUGAUACAGCUGGUGGAGAAGACUAUGAUAGGCUCCGCCCACUUUCCUAUCCCCAGACGGACAUUUUACUUGUUGCAUUUUCCAUAAAAUAUCCAAUUUCAUUUGCAAACAUCAAAGAGAAGUGGAUACCUGAAGUUCGUCACUUUUGUCCGAACACACCUGUGCUGCUACUGGGGCUCAAGUGUGACCUCAGAGGUCAAGAGGUCAAUGGUGACUACACUGAGGUCCCCCGCGAAGAUGCUCUGCAACUGGCAAAAGAUCUUGGAGCGGUGGGUUACUAUGAGACAAGUGCCCUAACAGGAGCUGGUGUGAAUGAGGCAAUGGACUUUUGUGUGAGGGCAGGGCUAACAAGGGCAGGCAGAAAACAGCGCUCCCAAUCAUCCGACCAAUCAUUUUCAACAAAUGUCAGCAGACCCUCCCCGCCCCCUCAACUACCAGACCAUAAAAAAGCACCAGCAAUAAAAGUCCAAAUUUCAACGUUUUCCUCUGAUCGGGCAAAAACGAUAAACAACCCAUCUCAUUCGGACAUGGUCUUGAGACUGGAGGGCAAGACGUAUCAUGCCCAUCGCUAUGUGCUAGCAUCUGCUUCAGAUUUGUUUAGACAGCUGCUCGGAGUGACUCAGGAAGUUAAGGUUGAUAGUCUAUGUGAUGGGUGGGACAAGGCACGACUAAAGAAGGUUACCAUGGAGACGGUAAACUUGGGGCAGCUGGAGGGAAUGCUCCACAUUGAAGACAGACCUGACUCGGACGGUAAACAGGUGACAGAGAUGACCUUUGACCCCUCCAUGGUGACAGAGCUGGCGCUAUCUCGUGCCCUAACGUUCCUCUACACUGGAGUGGUGGAACUAGACAAAGAGAGCGAAGGUUUCGACGAAACAAUCAAGAUUUCUCAGCUGCUGAAUUUACCCGAGUUGGAGCUCAUGUGUGAGAAUGCUCGUAAAGGGGAGGAGUUUCUUAAUCAGAAAAUUAUAACGUGGUUGAAUGAUCGACAUGCCAGUGUCACUAAGCAACUAUUUCUCAACAAGGGAUUGUUCUCUGACGUGUGUUUCCUGGUGGAGGGUGUGGUUGUCCCCGCCCAUCGACUAGUACUGACCACACGAUGUGAGGUCAUGUCGGCCAUGUUGUCUGGAGCCUUCCAAGAGAGUGCAGCUAACGAGAUAUCCAUCCCUGAUAUUCCAUUGGACACGUUUGUGAGUUUCCUAGAGUACCUGUACACUGACCACGCCCCCAUUGAGGAGGGGGACUCUAUGGGAAUAUUGGAGCUGGCCAACAGGUACGUGAUGAGUCGGCUCAUGUCACUCUGUGAACUGUAUAUCUCCAAGCAUGUGGAGAGGGCUACUAAAGAUUCUAUUUCAAAGGCAAACGUCGACAUUAUAGGAAUCCUGCUCUCCUCACAGCUGCACAACGCGUCUCAGCUCAGCACUUGGUGCCUCCACUUCAUAUCAAGCAAUUAUGCUGAUUUUGAGGAAAAUGAACAAUUCCUGCAAUUGGACCAAGACAACCUCUCUUAUGUGGAGGAGCAUCGAUGGCCACCUUACGAGGCCGCUAUGAAUGAGUAUAAGGCCAAGUACCUCGAUACUGAGGGGGAGGAGUCAGAUGACCCCCCCAGGACAUCAGAAGAUGGAGCAGCUGUCAAGAGCCAUAAGAGACGAGGACUCUCCUGACUGUUCAAGUAGAUCAACUAGACGGAAACUGUUACUCUGUUCGUGUUAGCAUGCACUUUUGUGCCAUUGAUUUUUAUUCCAUCACUUUUCACUGAAUAUUUUCACUGAAUAUUAAUUAAUUAUCAUAGGCUUGGAAUGUAGUGACGUCAUAUCUCAACCACAAACAUAAAAUGAUUUCCUGGUA